CGGCACGCAGUGAACCCCGCCGCAGUGACCGCAUGUGCACACGUGUGCAUAACGUACAAUCCGCCGGUUUAAAGGGCUGAGCUGUGGUGAAAAUUAUGGAUCAAGAUUUAGCAUCAAAAGUGAGCAGCCUGUGUGUUAGACACUACACGGAAGUACUUCCUAAAAAGGGCAAGCCACAGGCCAGCAAGGAGUGGACAUUGCUUGCGGCAGUCGUACAAGUAAAUGAAAAAACAGAUGACCUUAAAGUUGUUGCUAUGGCAACAGGAACAAAGUGCAUUGGUCAGAGCAAGAUGAGUAAAGAAGGGGACAUUAUUAAUGACAGUCAUGCAGAAGUGUUAGCGAGGCGAGCUUUUCUCAGGUACCUCUAUGAGCAGCUUCAGCAUGCCUAUUCAGGAAUUCAGGAGACUAUCUUUGGAAGACCUGACCAGGAUUAUCGCUGUUUUCUGAAGGGUUUCAUCACGUUUUAUUUCUUUACCAGCUGCACACCAUGUGGAGAUGCUUCGAUAUUUCCAAAGGAAUCAUAUUCCAGUGAUGAUCCAGGAAAAGAUUCAGACGCCGAUCAUUAUGAAGCAAGGGGCGUCUCUCAAAACAGGGCAACAGACCAGGGUGUGCUCAAGCGUUCGGGAGAGUCUUUAGAAGGAACUGAAAUCAGCUCACAUAAUUUGUCUGAUUUGCCAAGUGGUUGUUCACAUUGCAACAAGAAGCUGAAAAGUGAAAAGUCUGCAGUAAUGGAGCAGUUUACAUCAAAGACACCUUCUGAGCAACAUAGAAACUCACAUUCCUCUGUUUCAGAAGGGGAUAAUCAAAGUGUAGAACAAAGGAGUAAUACUUGUAGUGCAACAUCUACAGUCAAAACUGACAAAACUACAUGUAAAGCAACUGGAUGCCCGGCAGUUUCAAAUCAACCACAAGAAAUAAUAGACUUUUCCUCAGGGGCUUGCCAAGACAUCCACCGGACUGGGGCAAAAUGUGUGCCUGGUGGCCCCCAGGAUUUACUCCUGAGUGGAGCUGACUACCACACGGUAGGUUUGUUGCGGUUGAAACCUGGACGAGGAGACUCAACAUUGUCCAUGUCUUGCAGUGACAAGAUGGCCAAGUGGAACGUUGUGGGAUGGCAGGGGGCACUGUUGUCACACUUCCUGGCUAGACCUGUUCACAUGACGGCUGUGAUAUUUGGAAAAUGUCCAUUCAAUCAAGAGGCAACAGAGCGGGCCCUGAUAGGUAGAUUACAGCAAGUUUCUGACCUUCCAGAGCACUAUUGUAUUCAUGCUCCUCUAAUUGUCUCAACCCAAGUACUGUUCCCAGACUCCAAGGAGGCAGUUCAGUCUUCAAAUGCAGCAGGGGACAGGGUGAAGUUGGUACCAGCUGGGGCAGCUAUCAUCUGGGCCAGCGUGGAGCACAAAGCCUUGGACGUGUCAGUUAAUGGCAAGAGACAAGGCGUCAUUACCAAGAACAUUCAUAAACAGGAGGCUAGAUGCAGCGUGUGUAAAGCUGAGAUGUUUCAGUCAUUCAAGGACUUGGUGAAGUCUAUUCCAGAGGAAGAACGUCCACAAACAUUGAGGAGAGCCGACCUCCACACAUACCAUGAUUACAAGAUGGCAGCCAUUACAUAUCAAGACGCGCUUGCUCGAUUGCUCAUCGUUUUCAACACUUGGGUGAAAAAGCCUCAGGAUUACUUGCUGUUCCGUUAAUUAUCAUUGUGUGACAUUUGUGGAUUUCAAAUUAAAAUGUCUUACACAAACUAGAAAGAAAAGAGUUCUAUGCUUUGUGCUGUUGUCCAAAUAAUUUGGUGUAGGUCCGAGUACAAGUAUCUGAAGUCAGUUGUUAUUGAAUCAUUUGCAAGCCAUUUCAAAGGUCAUAAUUUUUCUCAAUGGAAAGUCUGUCAAAAAAUCACAUCUGUGAAUUUACAAACUCAAAUUCUUAAGAAUGUUAACUUUUUUUACAAAAAAAUUACAUGUACCUUUAAAUUAAAAAUUCACUUUGUUUCCCCGAAUAUGACUUUAAGUCCCAACCCAAUAAUAAUAUUCAAAAACUCAAGAGUUCAGCCGACCCAUGAACUAGAAAGUAGGAGUGUGUGAGUACCCCUAGAGUGAGCUUAUUCAAAAGUGUUUGUCUAAAAGUGCGGAAAACACU